AUGUCAUCUAAUAAUGCAAGGAAAUGGGAGGAGGCUCAGGAGAAGGCCUUCACAAAUUGGGUCAACUCAUUGUUGGCAAAGGUAGGCAAGAGAGUGGAUGAUGUAGGAACAGACUUGAGUGAUGGAGUGGCAUUCAUUCAGUUCUUGGAGUUGCUGAGUCAGAAGAAGUGCAAGCACAAGUACAACCCAGAACCAAAGGACAAGAUCAAUAAGAUUCAGAACCUUCACAUUGGUAUGCGAUUCCUCGAGGUCGAUCUUGGCCUCAAGCCACGCGGCGUAGGCCCAGAGGACUUUUACGAUGGCAACAAGAAGAUGAUAUUUGGAUUCCUUUGGACACUCUAUCGUCGCUUCAGAAUAUCAAUGAUCCGCGACGAUGGCUCCAGCGCCUUGCCCGACAGAGACCCAACAGAGCGUGAGGCUGAGGAGAACCUGCUCAAGUGGUGCUCCAACAUGACAGGCUUCAACAUUACACAGUUCAAGACCGGCUUUAGAGAUGGCGCCGCCUUCUUGUCGAUGGCUGAGAAGCUGGCUGACUCUAACGAUGCACUGGCUGGUCUGGCCGGUCUGGACAGCAUCGCCAAGCUUGCCGCCGUCUUUGACUUUGCCGAGAAGAACUUGAACAUCCCCAAGCUGCUGGACGCUGAGGACGUUGCCGCAGGCACGGCCGACGAGCGCACACUCAUGCUCUACACAUCACUCUUUUACAACGCCUAUGAGGGCAGAAAGAAAGCAAACAAGUCAGAGAUGGACGAGCUUAAGGACAAGGUCGUCGAGGUGGCAGGCAUCGAGCGAGAGGCAAUCUCAAAGAUCUUCCAACUCGAGGACCAGUUGAAUAUGUAUAACGAAGAGCUAAAGACUGAGCGAUACGAGCGAAUGGCAUUGGAGAGAGUCGUAAUGGACCUGGAGAACAAGGCCAUGCUCACUCAUCUGAUGGAGUUGCGCGAACAGUUGGAGAGCCACCAGCAUCUGCUCUGUCGACUGCAGCAGGACGUACAACAAAAGGCCACUGGUAAGCUGGCGCCUCUCUGGGGACCACCUCAAAUCAGUGCCGACUUGAGCAAGUCAAUGUUUGACCAAGUCGAUCAACUUGGUUCACAGUUGGAUGAAGAGUUACAAAGAAUAAGCAGGAUUGUUCAAGCUUCAGAAGUGAAGCCAAUCACCAUUGGCAAGAAGUCUGGCGAGAAGUUGCUAGAGAAAGAAAGAGAGAGCUAA